ACAGACUAAACUGGAUAAACAGGGCCGAGCGCGUGGCUCUGGCGACACGCCCACCGACCAGGGCGGUUGUACAACAAGAGUCACGUGACGCGCGGAGCGUUGCAUAAAUUAAGAUGACAGUAGCGUUUUAUAACAUCCGCGAAUUAAGCCAGUGACAUUAAGAUGUCAGAGCGCUUUAGAGAGUUUUAAUCGGGCUAAUCGGUCAGAGAUGUGGUCGUGGGUCGCGGCGCUGCUGGCGGGGCUCCUCUCCGCGCUCCUCGCGCAGCGCCGGUGCUUCCCGUACUUCUGGAGAGACGCGCUGUUCCUGACGAGAGUCCUGAGAUACGGAGCUCGUCUGGAGAUCUACAAGCGGAGCGGGCGGGUCGUGACGGUCGUGGACAGGUUCGUUCAGCAAGCCCGGCGGAUUCCCGACAAACCCUUCCUGAUCUGUGAAGGACAGACGCUCAGCUACGGAGAGCUCGAGGAGCGCAGCAACAGAGUCGCGCGGGUCUUCCAGAGCGCGGUGGAGAGCGGAGACACCGUGGCGCUCCUCAUGAGCAACGAGCCCGACUUCAUCUCCGUCUGGUUCGGCUUCUGCAAGCUGGGCUGCGCCGUGGCUUUCCUCAACACCAACAUCAGGUCCAGAUCCCUGCUGCACUGCUUCAGCUGCUGCGGAGCCAGACUGCUGCUGGUGGGAGCCGGUGUUGUUCUAGAUCUCCUGGAGGCUGUAGAGGACAUUCUUCCAAGUCUUCAGGAGGACGGGAUCAGGGUUUGGAGCAUGACCCGAGAGAGUCCUCGGCCCGGAGUCUACAGUCUGCUGGAGAAGAUGGAGAGGGCCCCUCCGGAGCCGGUCCCUGCCGAGCGCCGCUCCAUCCGCUGCCUUCGAACCCCAACGCUCUACAUCUUCACCUCAGGAACCACCGGGCUGCCCAAAGCUGCGGUCAUCACUCAUCUGCAGGCGCUGAAGGCAGCAGGAGGCUUCUGGGCGUAUGGAGCCACAGGAAGUGAUGUCAUCUACACGCCGCUUCCCCUGUAUCACAGCGCUGCCUCGCUCGUGGGCAUCGGAGGCACCAUUGAACUGGGUGCCACCUGUGUCCUCAAGAAGAAGUUCUCUGCCUCUCAGUUUUGGCAUGACUGCAGGAAACACAACGUCACUAUAUUCCAGUAUAUAGGAGAGCUGUGCCGAUAUCUGUGCAAUCAGCCCACGGCAGAGAAUGAAAAGGAUCACAGGGUGCGUAUGGGAGUUGGGAACGGCCUCCGGCAGGACGUAUGGAGAGAGUUCCUCCGGCGUUUCGGGAAUAUCCGCAUGUGUGAGAUCUACGGCUCCACUGAAGGAAACCUGUGCUUCAUGAAUCACCUCGGCAAGAUCGGCGCUGUCGGACGCUCCAACUUCUUCUACAAGCUGAUUUUUAAGUAUGAUCUGGUGAAGUAUGACCUGGUCAGAGAGGAGCCUGUGAGAAACAGCAGUGGAUUCUGCCAGCAUGUUCAGAAAGGUGAGACGGGUCUGCUGCUGUCUAAGAUCUGCAGUCAGAGCCCAUUCUUUGGUUACGCUGGCAGCAAACAACUGACAGAAAAGAAGAUCCUGAGGGACGUGUUUGUUAAAGGAGACUCUUACUUCAACACCGGAGACCUGAUGGCUGAGGAUGAGGACGACUUCAUCUGCUUCAGAGACCGAGUGGGAGAUACUUUCAGAUGGAAGGGGGAAAACGUGGCGACCACUGAGGUGACAGAGAUCCUGGGACUGGUAGAUUUUAUUCAGGAAGCCAAUGUGUAUGGAGUCCAGGUGCCAGGAAACGAGGGUCGAGCCGGAAUGGCUGCAGUGAUCGUGAGACCUGAGCACACAUUCGAUGGGAAGAAACUGUUCGAUCACGUCCUCAAGGAACUGCCUUCAUAUGCUCGACCCCUCUUCAUCAGACUGCAGGAGUCUCUGGAGAUGACCAGCACCUUCAAGCAGCAGAAGUUUGCUUUAGUGGAGAGCGGCUUCGACCCCUGCGGCAUCACAGACCCGCUUUACUGUCUGGAUUACAGCGAGAAGAGCUACCUGCCCCUGACCAGCGGCGUCUACGAUAGCAUUAUGAGCGGUCAGAGGAAGGUCUAGCCCUAGAGAAGUGAUUGACCAGCAGACGAUGAGCGACACUCUCUGUAGAGCUGUAUAUCUGAUCAGAGUCUGCCCUGAAUUAUUGAUCACGAGCUGCAGACCGUGUCAUUUAGUGAAUAUAGAAUUAGUGCAUAUUAAAGAAGGUCAUGCUGAUAUGCUCCGAGUGGAGAUGAGCUGAGAUCAACAUUGCCGUCUGGGAAAUACUAGUGAUUGUAAAACUGAAAUCAAUGUUUGUGCCCUAUGAAGUAAACACUCUCAGACUUUAAUGCGUGUCCUGUGUGUACAUCAGUGCUUCGACCCCAGAAAAAGUUUAGUCUUCAAAGGAAUAUUCAAGUAAUUCCUGCUGAUUCAUGAAGCCAUCAUUGAUCUGACGACACAGCUAUUAUGUAUUUUGGAUCAUUUUAAUCGAUAUCAUAAAACCGUCCAUCUUUUGUAUAUGUUGCAGUGAAAUAUUAGAAUUGUAAUGCAAAUACACAUGCACUUUGAAUCUUUCAAAUACUGAAGUCUGGCUGUGACUGUUCAGUUCUAAACAUCAUAGAAAGUGAAGACUGUACUCUUGUCUAAUCAGGGCUCUUGUAACGUUUGACAUUCACUGUGAAUUGUAUUUGAAACUUCACUUUUUCAAAUAUUCUAUGCAAUGUUGUUAAUCAGGUUUAGUUUUUUUGUUUGUUUUUUAUAACCUAAUUAUGUAAUAACAAUUUUGUUUACAUACAUUGAAGUUUUCACACUGUCUGAAAUGUGAGAAAGACAGCUCAGUUGUGCACUGAUUCAAGAGAACAGUAAGAGAACAUGAACGUGCUACCUCCUCAACAGAUGCUGUGACACAAACUAAAUGUCCUUGUUUCAGCAGCGGUAUAUAUCAUCAUCUAUAACCCUGUUAUACGAGUUGUUUUAUAAUGUCAUGACACUAAAGGUAAAAGCCAUAUCAGGAUUAUACGGUCUGUAACUAUAACAUGCACUGUAUGUUUGCUAGCACAUCAUAAUAAAAAUAAUAAUGAAUUAUACAUGCA